AUGGAUUCGGAAAUACUGUAUGUAAAUGAAAAUCCUUGCCCACACUGGAUUGUCCCUAUACCUGGCGACGGUUCGUGUUUAUUUCAUUCUUUGUCAUUCUCUAUGUAUGGGAAUAUUGAGUCGUCGUAUGAGAUUAGACUUGCUAUAAUCGAGUACGUGGUAGCGCAUUGGGAUAAGUUACAACUGUAUACUUGUGACGAGCGUGGAAACCCCUACAUUAAUACUGAUUUGUACAUGACGGUAAUGAUAAAAACAACCACCUAUGGUUCCACGUCUGAACUUAUGGUGGCCGCCGCUUUGUAUCCGUAUGCUUUCGAGGUUUACGAAAAUGGCAUUUUGAGAGGAUCAUUCGGUGGUGAUUCUGGUAAUCCGGUGAAACGUUUACGAUUUUCUGGAAAUUUCUUAGGUGGCCAUUAUGAAGUGCUCCUUCCAGAAGUGCCUCCAAAUGAUGAUAGUUCGAAUAAAAAUAAUAAAAACUUACUUAAAACGGGUGGAAGACCUAAAAAGGCUAAUAAAAGAAGACCUAAAACUUCGGCACUAUCCCGUUCUCAACAAAUCAAAGAAGCAGCGGCUCGUUGUCGUCAGAACAAACCCGAAAAACGUAAGGAGACAUUAAUUCGUUACAGUUUUUCAUGUCCGGAAGUUCACAGAGCAGCUGUAAUGCGUUACACUGCGUCUCACCCCGAAAUUCACCGAGAAGCAGUAUAUCGUUAUACUACUUCUCAUCCUGAAGUUAACCGUGAUGUUGUGGCACGUUAUAAAGACUUACAUCCUGAGCUAAAUCUUAAACUGUCCAAAGGAAAAGAUCAAAUGAAAAAUUACAAUUUCGACUAA